AUGGAGAUAACUAAUGUGAUGGAAUAUGAGAAGAUCGCAAAAGAGAAAUUACCAAAGAUGGUUUAUGAUUAUUAUGCAUCUGGUGCUGAAGAUCAAUGGACUCUUCAAGAGAAUCGAAACGCUUUUUCAAGGAUUCUAUUUAGGCCUCGGAUUCUUAUCGAUGUAACCGAGAUCGAUGUGAGCACAAGGGUUUUAGGGUUUGAAAUUUCUAUGCCAAUCAUGGUUGCUCCUACUGCAAUGCAGAAAAUGGCUCACCCUGAUGGCGAGCUUGCAACCGCGAGAGCUACUUCUGCUGCGGGAACAAUCAUGACUUUGUCUUCAUGGGCUACUUGUAGUGUUGAGGAAGUUGAUUCAACCGGACCGGGGAUUCGAUUUUUCCAACUCUAUGUUCUUAAGGACAGAAAUGUGGUUAGACAGCUUGUGAAACGAGCUGAAGCAGCUGGAUUCAAAGCCAUCGCUCUUACUGUCGAUACCCCGAGGCUUGGUCGCAGAGAAUCCGACAUCAAAAACAGAUUCGCUCUUCCUCGAGGUCUGACGUUGAAGAACUUCGAAGGGUUAGAUCUUGGGAAAAUCGACAAGACCGAUGACUCGGGGCUAGCUUCAUAUGUUGCGAAUCAAAUUGAUCAAUCACUUAACUGGAAGGAUAUAAAAUGGCUUCAAUCUAUCACAAGCUUGCCAAUUCUUGUCAAGGGUGUUAUUACAGCUGAGGAUGCAAGAAUCGCGGUUGAAUAUGGAGCUGCAGGGAUUAUAGUCUCUAACCACGGAGCUCGUCAACUUGAUUAUGUUCCUGCAACUAUAAUGGCUCUUGAAGAGGUGGUUAAAGCCGUGGAGGGUCAGAUUCCGGUUUUUCUCGAUGGUGGAGUUCGCCGUGGAACCGAUGUCUUUAAGGCAUUGGCUCUUGGAGCUUCAGGUGUCUUUGUCGGGAGGCCAACCCUGUUCUCGCUUUCAGCGGAUGGAGAGGCGGGAGUAAGGAAGAUGUUGCAAAUGCUUAGAGACGAGUUCGAGUUGACAAUGGCACUAAGUGGGUGUCGUUCGCUGAGAGAGAUCACUAGAAACCACAUCAAGACUGAUUGGGACACUCCUCAUUACCUCCAAACCAAGCUUUAA